UAUCUUGAAAAUGUCAAAUUUCAAGACAAAUACCAUUUUAUUACGCUUUUAUUAACACGAGAUCUAUUUCUUGUAGCGUCAUGCUAAAUUUUGUGCACUCAAUACAAGAUGGGUCAUAAAUAAAUGUUGAAAAAGAAGAGGAAAAUUAGAAGAAAUAUAGUAGAUAUGUAUUUUGAGACGAGAUAAAUGCCUACAAAGAAGAACAAGGACAUAAAGAGAAAUAUAGAAUAAAAUGAAGAAAGCACAUGCAUGAGAUAUCUUAGGAACAUUUUGAAUGCAAUUCUCGUCCCGUUGACGAACUUUUUCUGCCAAGCUGUACCUGUGUACACCGUUAUGACCGCUUGAUAUUGCUGUAUUGCUAAGUAAUUGUCAUGGCUUCGGAACGAUAUAGUUUUUCGUUAACAACCUUCAGUCCGUCAGGCAAGUUAGUUCAAAUAGAAUAUGCCUUGGCUGCAGUAGCCGCUGGUGCGCCGAGCGUGGGCAUUAAGGCGUUAAAUGGUGUUGUUCUCGCUACGGAAAACAAACAUAAAUCCAUUCUCUAUGAUGAACAUAGCGUCAGCAAAGUCGAAAUGAUUACGAAGCAUAUCGGUAUGGUUUACAGCGGCAUGGGUCCAGAUUACAGAUUAUUAGUAAAGCAAGCACGGAAAAUGGCACAACAAUAUCUCCUAGUAUAUCGAGAACCUAUUCCGACUGCACAACUCGUACAGCGCGUUGCGAUGGUCAUGCAAGAGUAUACGCAAUCUGGAGGUGUUAGACCUUUUGGAGUGUCUCUUCUGAUCUGCGGUUGGGACAAUGACAAGCCUUAUCUAUUCCAAUGUGAUCCAUCCGGCACAUAUUUUGCAUGGAAAGCAACUGCGAUGGGUAAAAAUUUCGUUAACGGCAAAACGUUUCUUGAAAAGAGGUACAGCGAGGAUCUGGAAUUGGACGAUGCCGUUCAUACUGCCAUCUUGACAUUAAAGGAAGGUUUUGAGGGACAGAUGACUGCGGACAAUAUUGAAGUCGGCAUUUGUGACGCGAACGGAUUCAGAAAAUUGGAUCCAUCCAAUGUGAAGGAUUAUCUUGCGAAUAUUCCUUAAGCUUAUGUGUGAAUUUCUUUUUUUAAUAUAUUC